AUGGUUUUGAUUGGUUUAGGCAAGCAACUCGAGGAUGGGCGAACUUUGUCUGAUUAUAAUAUACAGAAGGAGUCGACUCUACAUUUGGUGUUGCGAUUGAGAGGAGGAAUGCAAAUUUUUGUCAAAACUCUUACUGGUAAAACGAUAACAUUGGAAGUCGAAGCGUCAGAUACGAUUGAAAAUGUUAAGGCCAAGAUUCAGGAUAAAGAAGGUAUCCCGCCGGAUCAGCAGCGUCUUAUUUUCGCAGGUGUGUUAUGGUUAUAUCUAGGUGAAGAUUUUAUGUUCUUUCCGUAUGUUUGUUUCUUUUUAAUUUUUUGUGACUUUGAUUUGUGUCUUCUGGUGUUCUUGUGCAGGUUUAAAAGCAUAAUGGUUGCAGGAAAGCAGUUGGAGGAUGGCAGAACUCUGUCAGAUUAUAAUAUUCAGAAAGAGUCGACUCUUCAUUUGGUUCUUCGACUCAGAGGCGGGAUGCAAAUAUUCGUGAAGACGUUAACUGGGAAGACGAUAACUUUAGAAGUCGAAGCAUCAGAUACGAUUGAAAACGUUAAACAGCGUCUGAUCUUUGCGGGAAAACAGCUUGAAGAUGGGCGCACGCUUUCUGACUAUAACAUUCAGAAGGAAUCGACUCUUCAUCUUGUUCUGCGUCUUCGUGGUGGCAAUUAA